AUGUUUAAAUUUUUUAUUUCCUUGUUGGCAUUUUGUUUCCAUUUUUUCCUCUUCAAUUUAAUUUUCUUAUUUCUUUCUCUCUCUCUCUCUCUCUCUCUCUCUUUCUCCUCCUUACCACUUUUCUUAUUUUGCACUCUUGCUCUCUCUCUCUCUCUCUCUCAACCCUUUCACUUUUUUUAUUUCUUUUUCUCUCUCUCAACCCUUUCACUUUUCUUAGUUCUCUCUUUCUCCACUCUAACACUUUUCUUAUUUCUCUUUCUCUACUCAUUCAUUUUUCUUAUAUCUUUCUUUCUCCACACUUUCAUUUUUUAUUUCUCUCUCUCUCUCUCUCUCUCUUUCCACCCUUUCACUUUUCUUAUUUAUCUCUCUCUCUCUUUCUCCACCCUUUCACUUUGCUUAUUUCUCUCUUUCUCCAUUCUUUCAUUAUUCUUCUUUCUCCACUCAGUCAUUUUUCUUAUUCCUCUUUCUUUACCCUUUCACUUUUUAUCUCUCUCUCUCUCUCUCUCUCUCUCUUUCCACCCUUUCACUUUUCUUUUUUCUCCUCUAUUUCCCUGUUUUAUUUAUUCCUUUAGCUUCACUUUCUCUUUCUUCAGUUCUCUCUCCCACCUCUGCAUACUUUUUCUAAUUUUAACAUCUCUCAUUGUCACAUUUUGCCUCUUCCUCUCUCAUCCAAUUUUUUAUCACUUUUCUUUAACUGACAGCACCUCCCCAGCACAAAGCAGGCCUAAAAGUAAUGAAAUAAUAAUUUUUGGUUCAUUUUUCUUUUCUUUUCUCUGCCCGUCUCCCAUGAGGUUUCACCAAUGUAAUGCUAGAAACAAUAAAUGA